AUGAUUGCCAUGGGGCAGGGGCCGCAGGUGGAGGCCUUCUUGGCCGGCCAGCAGGCAGCGCUGCACGCCGCGCUCGCGCCAGACGCGCCGCCAGUGCCGGCGCCGGCGCCUUGGCAUCUGCCCGGCCCCGGGGCGGCGGCCAGCGCGUCGCCGCCGCCGCCGGCGCAGGCGCCGGGGCCAGCGCCGCGGCUGGGGCGGUGGAGCGACCCGGCGUCGCUGCAGGCGCUCGGCGCCGCGGGCCACUCGCCGUCGCUGCAGGAGCGCGUCGCCGCGGGCGCCGCCGCCGCGCCGCCGCCGCUGCGGGUCCUGGGCCGCAGCCCCUCCCCCAGCCCCCAGCCGCACCCGCUGCUCGCCGGCCAUCCCUCCGGCCCGCCGGCGCUGCCGCGCGUGCGGACCGGGCCGCCCGCCGGCAAGCCGCCGCUGUGCGGCGCCGGGAACCACCACGGCGGGCGGCGCGGCGCUGCGCCUGGCGACGGGCCCGCUUACAGCAUCAGUCCGCGGGCAUCGAGCGCUUCCGUAACCACGCCCUCCGGCACGCCGCCGGCUGCCGCGGCGGCGGCCGCGGCGGCCGCCGCGGCGGCGCGGGACUACUGCCGCGGCCGCUUCACGGUUCACGAGGAGCCGCCCGCGCAGGCGCCGCACGCGUCCCUAGGGGGCGCAGGGUCCCCGCCCGUGGUGAAGCAGGUGGGGCGCUUCAUGGUGACUGAGGGGUCUUCGAUGGACCUGCGGGAACAGCUGCAGCAGCUGGCUCUCGCCCAGCAGCAGCAGCAACAGCAGCAGCAGCAGCAGCAGCAGCAGCAGCAGCAGCAGCAGCAGCAGCAGCUACGCGGCACAGUGUCCGGCGCCGCACGCGGCGCGCCGCAGCCGGGCCUGCUCGCGGCGGCGGCCGCCAAGGUGCUCGCGGCGGCGGGCGGCGGCGCGGCUGGGGCAGCGCCAGAGGAGCAUCGGUACCAAGCAGGGGGCGACCUCCAGGAGUGGCUGCUGUCUUCCCCCAUGUCCGCAGCCCUCAGCCCCCCGCCCGCCUUGGCGGCCGCGGUCGCUGGGGCGGCCCGCGAGGCGGCGCCGGCGCCGGCAGCCGCUAGGGCUGUGCCGCGCAUCUCCUUGGACGCACCGCCGGCGGCGCUACCCGCAGUGGCUUCAGUCCAGGCCGGGGCCCCCAACGGAUAUGGGGAAGCGUCCGGGUCGCUGGACACGCCACGGGGUGCUCCAGACCAGGGCGACGGCCUGCAGCAGCGGCAGCAGCAGCAGCAGCUGCAGCAGCGGCAGCAGCAGCGGCAGCGCUCGCCGCCGCCGCGCGGGCCGUCCGCGGCCGCGUCGCCGCGCCCCCACACGCGGCCCCAGUCACGUAGUGACCAGGAUGCGGGCGCGGCGGGCUCCCCCCGGCAGGCCGCGGCAGCCCUGAAGCAGCAGCAGCAGCAGCAGCAGCAGCAGCAGCCAGUGGCGGGUGCGGGGCGAGAGGUGCUCGAGCCCCACCCGCAGCAGCAUGCACCGGCGGCCGGCGGCCGACAGUGA